CAUUUCUCUUUUUUUCUUUUUCUUGCUACCACGGAGCAUUUUAUACAAUCUCCCUCUGUGCUGUUUUCUGUUGUGCCAUGUUCUGAUGACUUUGACGCCGUUUCCUUUUCCUUUCCUUCCCUACUUUUCGUUCUAGUCGAUUAAACCCUUUUUCCCACUACCGCUGCUGCUGAUGCUACUAUAAUGGGGAAUACUGUUGCUCCCAAAUCAGUUGUAUUCACUUUUCCAUUAUCCGGCCUCUUCCCCACCACCUUAUUUCGGUGUGUUGAUUAGCCCGCACCGCCUGUUUCCAACCGAGACAGCCGUAUUUUCAAAACACUCAUCUUUCAGUUAUUCUUAACUAAGAGCAGUUUGCUUGCCUGCAGACUGGGCCAUCGCCAACAGAGGCUAAUCAACAGCAGCGUCUUGCUUUAUUUACUUUACUCAGGGAAUUCAGCUGAAAUUUCGGGCCAUGGUUGCGUGGCGGUGGCUGUGUUGGUUUGUGUAGUGGAUUAGCUGUGGCUGUUGGCUGAUUGGAUGCGAUGGGUGCAACCAACUUUCUCACUGGUAUCAUCCAUGCAUUCGUUGCCACUCUCUACCUGUACACGUGGUACUGGACUGGCUUCAACAUAUGGCAGCGUCUCUUCCACUCCACCGGCCGCAAUGGCGGCAGGAGACUAGAACAAGAGACAGGGCGGGGAAUGAGCAGGAAGAGGGGGAGGAGGCGUUUCUUCCACUUCAUGUCUUGGUGGAGCUUCCUCGCCCAGACCCUCUACUUUGUCACAGUGUUCUCCUGCGACCUCAUCAAGAUAUUCUGGCAACCAUCUUGUCUUCCUGCAUAUCGAUACAUAGACUUCUAUUUUUCUGGAAUGGUGCUACCCUGUGCAAUCAACUCGCUGCUUAUGUUCUGGAUCUCGAAACUGUUUCACCGCCACCCACUUGCUUGUUUCCAAAAUGUGAAGCCAUAUCUCCUUUUGUUGCAACAUGAUGAGAGUAGUGAAUUGGCUGCUGCCCAUCACAGUGAUAUCGAAGCUGAUAGAAGACGACCCAGGAGACAUUUGGAAAUGGAUAAAGUAUCAGUGUCCAGGACAGUGAGUGACGGCGCUGCUACUUCUGCCGCCGCGAGAUCUGGUGCUGCUGCUGAUGCUGCUGUCGCGGCCGCUUCACCUGUUCUGGCAACUGCGUCUUUUGAGGCAUCCUCGAGAUCUUGUUUUCUCAAUGCAGAGCAGCACGACCACGAGGAGAACAUCAAAUUGACACCAGAUCACAACUUCAGUAUCUGUCUUCGCCGCACCACGGAGACAUCAUCCACCCAAUGCGUCGGCGACAAGGGAAAUGAAGACAAUCUACUGCGAAAUAAUGGUGCUGCUCGGUUUCUCAGUCCGACUAAUGGCGACUAUUCGUUUUCUCCGUGCCGAAGACACAGAUCGGCGGACUGCAGGAGUGAGCACUCGGAGUUUCUGGGCACUAGCAAUGCCAGCGGUCCUAAAAUAGUCUCUUGCCGCAGCGUCAGUGUCGUUUCAAAUGUGUCAGCUGCCGCGACCUAUAUGAAUGAUGCUUCAGUAAUCAACUUGAGAUUGAGGUCUCCAUGCGAUAACGCGGACUUCAGUUUAAUCAUUCCGGGUCACUACGACGGAAUCCCGAAUUGGGUGCUUCAGGUGACCCAUACAGUCGUGGGUCUGUCAGCUCUACUGGAGACUCUGCUGUCUCAGCCGACAGCUACCCUGGAUGUGGGCGCAAACAUUGUGCUCUCUCUUCUAAUGCCAACUCUCUUCACCUCCUUCACUCUCAUCCGCCUAAGGAGACAUUUCACCUCAAAUACGCAGCCGGACUGCUGGCCAGCUGUGGAUGGAAAUGAAGACCAGAACCGGCAGACUCAAGGCUGCCCCCUAUCCUCAUCCUCCUCCUCCUCCUCCUCGACCAAUAAUUUAUCUGUUCUGGCAGUUCUGCUUGCCUAUCUAGGUAACUGCAUCAUGUGCUCACUGGCAGCCGUGGCCUCCAAACAUCUGAAUACCUGGUCCAAUUUCCUCCAUUCAUACAUUGCAAUGGGCAUCGAAAGUGCUGUAAUCAUGGAAUGAUUUGCCACUGUUUUUAUCAGUAUCCGCAUCCAAGUUCGGGCUUAAGUAACAGACUAUAUUUGAUGAUAAUGAACAGUUUUCCAAAAAAAAUGAUUUCAAUUACCAACUUAAGCUCUUAAAGCAUCUAUAAUCAAUAACAACUGUGACAUUUCCAAAGGAAUAACUAGGAUAGCCGGUUACUGUGCAAGUGGCCCAGAAAUUUCUGACCACCUCCGCAGCAAUUUUACAAUAAAAACAAAAAACAAGAAAAAAUUAUUUUUUCGCCACAGAGGAGCUAACUGAAGCCUCUAAAAUUUGCCUUCUUUUUAAGAAAGCCAAGUUUUUUAGCCUAUACUGCUAAAUUUUGUAGAUAACAAACGUUGCUCGAUUGCU